AAGUACGCAACGCACGGAAUCCAGCUUCCGGAGUCUCCUUUUGUUACCGGGUCUUGCGGGGUGGAGGGUACUGCAGUGGCGAUGAGGCAGAAGCAUUACCUUGAGGCUGCCGCGCGGAAACUGCAAGAGAGCUGUCCGGGCCAGGCCCGCUAUCUCCUCUGGGCCUACAGCUCGACACACGAUGCUAAAAGCACUUUUGAAGGAACAUGUCCAUACUGUUUCCAGUUGCUGGUUCUGGAUAACUAUCGAGUGCGCCUCAAACCCAAGCCCAAACUGACACCCAGAAUACAGAAACUUCUUAAUCGAGAAGCAAGAAAUCAUACACUCAGUUUUAAAGAAGCAAAAAUUGUGGAAAAGUACAAAGACUCCAAAAGUGUAUUGUUGAUCACUUGUAAAACAUGCAACAGAACAGUUAAACAUCAUGGUAAAAGUAGAAGCUUUCUAUCAGCAUUGAAGAGCAAUCCUACCACUCCUACGAGUAAACUCAGCCUGAAGACACCAGAGAGAAAGACUCUAAGUUCUGCAGACCUAAAUCAUGAUGUGUCUGGUUCUAAAGGCAAAAGCCCAGCACUGAUUUUCAGAACACCUACAUCUGGACAGUCAACACCCACUUGCUCCUCAAAGAAUACGAGCAAAACAAAGAAACGCUUCUCUCAACUGAAAAUGUUGCUUAGUCAAAGUGAAUCCCAGAAGAGUCCAAAAGUGGACUUCAGAAAUUUCUUAUCUUCUUUGUAAAGGAUGGACUAUGAAAAUAAAUGUUUAAUGUAAUUUCUGAAACUAAACUUAGAAAAGAACAUUUUAAAAACUUACUUUUUUUUUUUUUGGACAUCUUUAACAAUCCAACUGAAGUGUUAUGAUUUCAAAACUGAUUUUAAUUAAAACAAAAGCUGAUGUGUGGCAAUAA